AUGCUAACGAGGGACCGAGGAGCUCCGGCCUGCGCCUUCACCGCGGCCUUGCACCCCGGCUCCUGUAGCUUCCGGGCUCCCCGGAGGCUUGUGAACACAUUCUUUAGUUUCCUGAGACGUAAAACAGAUUUCUUCACUGGUGGAGAAGACGGAGUAGCAGAGAAGCUGAUCACAGAUACCUUCAACCAUCACAACAAACUAGCUCAGAAGGAGCGGAAAGAGAAAAAGGCUCGUCAAGAGGCAGAGCGGCGUGAAAAGGCCGAGCGAGCUGCGAAACUUGCUAAAGAAAAGCAAGAAGCAAACGAGCCAAGGAUUAAGGAACUUACAGACGAGGAAGCAGAAAGGCUGCAGCUGGAAAUCAACCAGAAAAAAGAGGCACAAGGACAGAGUAACAGUGUCCCAGUGAAACCCUCAGAGGAUGAAGGUGAAUCUUCAGAUUCUAACAAACAGGAAACAGAUGAUGAAGAGGAAGAUGAGAAGGAUAAAGGAAAACUUAAACCCAACUCUGGCAACGGAGCUGACCUUCCAAAUUAUAGAUGGACACAGACUCUUUCAGAAUUGGAUCUGGCCGUCCCUUUCAAGGUGAACUUCAGGUUGAAGGGGAAGGAUGUGGUGGUGGAUAUCCAGAGACGGCGCCUCAAAGUUGGCCUGAAGGGUCAUUCGCCUGUCAUCGAUGGAGAGCUUUUCAAUGAAGUGAAGGUGGAGGAGAGCUCCUGGCUGAUUGAAGAUGGUAAAACAGUCACCGUGCAUCUGGAGAAGAUCAACAAGAUGGAAUGGUGGAACAAACUAGUCUCCACAGACCAGGAAAUCAACACCAAGAAAAUUAAUCCAGAGAACUCAAAGUUGUCAGACCUGGACAGCGAAACUCGCAGUAUGGUGGAGAAAAUGAUGUACGAUCAACGACAGAAAUCCAUGGGCCUCCCCACAUCUGAUGAACAGAAGAAGCAAGACAUUUUGAAAAAGUUCAUGGAACAGCAUCCAGAAAUGGACUUUUCAAAGGCUAAAUUCAACUGAGCCCUCCCCUUCUCCCCCCCUCCUCUUUCAGUCAGCCCGUCAAAUGGGGCGGGAUAUGUGUUGCCGGAUAUCUCUUACCUUGGGCAAGUAAACACUUCCAGCAUCCCCACCCGAGCUUGCUGCGGGGGCAGCUUCACAGAGUCGUCCUCCAUUGUCCUGUGUUGAGCAGAACGCAAGGCCACAGAAGCGGCCUGCAGCAGCUCCGGUCAGAACCAUCUGCGACACUUCCCAAACGGCAGUUAGGAGAGAAGGAGGGGUAAGAGCAAAAAGGGUGUUAGGGCUACAAGAGCCAGACUUGAGAGGUUUAGGGACAUACCCUUAAUGAGUCGCUUAGCUUCACCUCCUGGCUCUUCAGAGCCGCUAAUUCAAACUCUUCAGUUUGGCAGCAGGUACUCACUCAAGUUUUCAGUUUCUAGCAAAGUUUUCACUAGCAAGUGAAAAAAAAACUAGCGAGUUUUCACUCCCUUCCCCUCAGCUUUCCUGCUCUCCUGUGAAAACAAGGGCCAGUUGAUUUUGUAAAAUAAUUCUCCUCCUGCCUCCUUGGGAAGGGAAAAUACCAGUCUAAAAGAACCAGCUAUUGCAGUAGAGACAGACUCUGCUCUGCCUUGCUGCUCCUUCUGUUCUUGCCAGAAAUGGAACAGCCCGAGCCCCGCGGGGCUCAGGGGAGAGCUCCCAUCACAGCUGGAGAGGUUGAGCUUCUGUCCUACAGCAAGGGCAGGCUGGAGAGUGUGUGGUUGUGGGAAAGGGAGAGGGUGUGGGGGGGUGUUUUUGGGGUGCUGUUCUUGCUGGGAGUGUGUCUCCUGCCUCUUCCAAGAGAUUCUCUCCCUGCUGACUACUGACAGGCAUCGCUGCGUUCUUUUCUGAGCUCCUGCUGACAAGUGGCAUCAUUCUGCAUGUUCGUAUCUUUGUUAAAACUGCAGU